AUGCAAAAGACCGGGAAAUGUCAAACUUGCGACAAUAAGAACAACUUUCGUCAACUUGCAAUGGUUUGUUCACCUGGUUCCCAAAGAUCUGUAAGCCGAAGUACAGCUCACACUCAUAGCGCAAGCCGAAGUCGAUCUAGGAGUGGCAGUAUUCGGCGAAGUUAUACACAUUCGAAUCGUAGUCGAUCAGGAACCAGAUCAUUUUCCAGACGCAGUUCCCAUUCACGUCGGAGUACUAGGUCGAAAAGUCAUUCCAAUUAUUCUCGUUCACAUUCUGGCAGUCGACGUUCCAGAUCAUGGUCUAGAUCACGUUCACGCUCUCAUGGUCGGUCUGCUUACUCGUCACGUUCACGUUCUGCUAGUCGUUCCAGAUCAAGAUCUUAUCGUAGUCGGAGAAAGUCGUUUUUUAGAAGUAGAACAAGAAGUUGUUCGUAUCAUUCAGUUCGUUCACGAUCACACAGCCCCAAUUCAAGAAACGUUUCACCAAGCGCCAAAUGUGUCAAAGAUCCGAGGGAUCGUUCUAAGCGUGCACAUUGGACAAAUAAUGUUUGGCUAGUUGGUGAAAAAGCAAAGGAUACAGUUUUUCAUUUCUGUGAUAUUUGUGAUUUACCGAUUGUAAUCUAUGGACGUUUGCUACCUUGUAAGCAUGUAUUGUGUUAUACAUGUGCUAUGAAUCUUAUGAAGAAAUGUAAUAGAUGUCAAAAGUCUAUACAAACUGUGGAACGAUGUUUAGUCGGAGGAAUAUUCAUGUGCUUUGAAAGUGAUGGUUGCCGGCGUACUUAUCUCAGUCAUCGUGAUCUUCAAGCCCAUAUUGACCAUCGACAUCGUACUGGGUCAACUGCAAUUACUUCGGUCGCUAAUAAUAGCAGUAGUAAUAAUGUAAAUAGUACGAUGAUAACUAAAAACGAUAUUGUCACACAUUCAGAAAUAAUUACACCUUUGCCAAACCAAGUCAAUUUUACGGAAGAGGCGUCUCUACUUUCCGGCGUUGUAAAAACUAUAACAACAAAUGCUAAUCAAGUGACUACACCUUUAUCCAUAGAUAAGACAACGACUGGUGCUCCUCCUCCAAUGUCUUUGUUAGGUCCAUCACCAAGGUUAGUUAUGAAUACGAUGAUUCCACCAACUUGUGGAAUAACUCAACCGAACAUUUAUAUUAAUAAUCAGAAAAACAGUGGUCUUUUACCAUUACCGCCUGCACAGACUUCAUCCUCAACAAUUUUUUCGAAUCGACUUCCUAUGGGAAUACCUCGACCGCCUAGACUAAACAACCUGAAUAGUAGUUGUAAUACUACAACUAACAAUAAUAAUAACAGUAAUAACACUGUUACUAAUAAUUUUCCUCAACUUCAACAGUUCACAAACUGUCCUCCGCUUACACUUCCACCUCCACCAUCUAUCGGGGCACCGAAUAUUCGUGCGCCACCACCAGGAUCACUACAACAAGCACCACCACCGUCUGCAUUUCUUGCUAAUUCACUCUCCAUUCCGUCAUCGUCGUCCACACAGCAUAAUCAGAACUUUAGUGGUGCUUCAGCUGUUGCUGCUUUAGCUGCUGUUGUCUCAGCGGCGAUGUCAGCAGCAGCUGUCCAGUCGAAAUCCGCUGGAAUGACAGUAGUUGGUGGUACAAAUAAUCUAUCUGGAGCAACGAUUCAACAAUCUUUGACUAGUAAUCAAAUCCAGCCACCUAAUCCAUUGAAUGCCUCAUCAUUAAUUACAAAUGCACUUCGAGCUACUAACCCCAAUUGGAAUCCAUUGGCUACUGGUGUAUCGAAUACAUUGAAUAACAGUAACAAUAAUAAUAAUGCAAAUAAUAAUAAUAAUAAUCAGAAUAACUUUAACUCAAGAUGUUUACCAUUUCAAUAA